AGGUGGUCGCGAGAGAAGAGAGCUCUCGCUUUAACCAUUGGAGAGGCUGUUCGUUGGUCGGACGGGGUUGCGCGCUCGCAUCCGUUUACCGAGAACGGAUUCUGCAUCUCCAUCUUCUCCUCAACGAAGCUGAUGGAUCUUUGGAGUCAAGCCAAGAUGUGACCGUCACGUUUUGGAUCUCUUCAUCCUUUAGAUAGAAAACAGAACCCCUGUUUCUAUAGAAACAGAAAUAAUUGACAAUUAGAAAACUAUUAUUCCUAAAAUGCACUCCUCUAGCCGAACCUUCGCUCCGCCCUUGAGGCCUCGUCGCAUCGACACGAGCAGGCGGACCACCACCGCAGCGGAACCAAAGCCACACGGCCCUGUUUCCCAGAGGGAAGACAAAAACAUGAACACCAUUUCCUCUUCCUCUCCUCGGCGCGCCACCAAAGCGACCCCUGAGUCUUCCAGGACCAGGGUGGGGGUCCAGCCUCGUGCCCCCUUGGGUCAGUCCAGAUUGGGCUUACAGAGAAACACAGCUCCCCUCUCUACGACCAAACCCAAACCCAAACCUAAAAGUGUCCGUGCAGCAGCAGCUGUGUCGAAACGUGCCCCUUUUCCUCCUCCUCUUCCUCUUCUUCCUCAUCUGGACCCCAACUGUAAUGAACCCAGCCUGCCUUGUCUGUGUUGCGACGGCCAUUCCCCCCAGGACAAUAACAGUCUGUUCAACCACAACCACAACAACAACAAUACCAUCUCCAUCAGACAGCAGCUGAAGCUUCAGCCCCCUCCACCACCUCCCCUGCUACCCCAGAGACAGGAGGGGACAGGGGGCAAGACCAAGACACAGGCCAGCCCCUCUCAGCCCCAGCCUCAGGUCCUGGCCCCAGCCUGCCCCCCUAAUGCCCUGGAACUGGAGAAAGGAACACAAGUUGAGGAGAAUGCAGAUGUUAACAAGAACACAGAUGUGGUCAUAGACAACAAGAAAGAAACGGAGGAAGAGAUGGAUGACAAGAAAGAAACAGAGGAGGAAGAGGAAAACAGUGUUGAUGUUGAAGUUGAUGAUGAGGAGGAGGGAGAUGAUGAUGAUGAUGAUGACGACACAUUGGUCCCAUCGUGCUGCGACUGCCCUCCCUCUCUCCUGGAUCUCUCCCUGACCUCCUCCACCUCCUCAUCCUCCACUUCCAUCAGCUCCUGCUCCGAUCUGGAGUCAGACUGCGCCGAUCUCUCCACCUCUCUCUCGUCCUCUGGCCACAAGUGGAACGCUGAUCUGUCAAUUUCUCAGGACCACACUCACAUUCAUGUUCCUGAACGCUACCCAGCCUCCCGUUACCCCCCUGUCCUGCACCUCAACCCCAAACCCCCCUCUGUCUCUCGUUGCCCUUCCUCCCCCCCACACGCCUGCUCCCCAGACGAGGGCUACCCCUCCGCCCCCGCCUCCCCCUCCUCCUCUGACUACCUGGGGGUCAAAGGUCAGACAGGCUUAGGGUCAGAGGUUGCCAAACUAGGCCUCCUGGACUUCCUGGAGUCAGUGGGAGACUUUGGAAAGAUGGAGCGCUUUAGCCAGGUGAUUCAGGUGGCUCGCUGGGACCUGGAGGGGGAUCCUCAAGGGGAUCUACUGAGGGAUCGACUGGAUCACCUGGACCGACUGGAGAGUGUCAACAGGCAGGUGAAGCUGGCCCACAUCACCAGGCUCCAUGAGAAGGGACUGGAUCUAGGCGAUCUGGGCAAGGAGGAUCUCUCUGAUGUUCUGGAUGAGAUGGGGAACGUGGAUAUGUCUUGGAAGCUGUAUAAGGGCCGGGGAGGGUCUUUGGGAGAUUCCCAGGAGUUCUCUGAUGCUGGAGUGGACCUGACAGCACCUUCAGACUGUGACGAGCCCCUGGUCUCACAAUCAGAGACCUCUUCGCCCAUAGAGCUCCCACCGAGACCCCCCAAACCCCCUGCCCGCUAUGCCAGCGUGAACUCUGAACUCCACACCUACAUCAACAUCAGCCGUGAUAUCACCCCCUCCGUCUCUGUCUGCACCUCUCCAUCCUCAUCCCCCACUUUCUACACCUUCAGGUGUGAGAAGGCCCUCCCUCCUUCCCCACGCUCCAUCCCCCCUCCUCUUCUCUGUCAGCCCAUCCCUUACUUUACUCUCUACAAAUCUUCCCCUCUCCCAUUCUCCCUCCCCUCCUCCACUCCCCCCAUCCCUCCCCCUCGGAGGAAGCACCUAGCCCGUAAGGAGGCUCAGCGUCUCGCCACCCUCCAAGCAGGAUGCGGGAAGACCCCCCUGUCCCUCUCCCCUCCCAACUCUCGCCCCCCUCCUCUCCCCCCUGCCCCCACCAUUUCCAUCUCCAACUCCACCACCCCCCCUGCCAUCCCUCCCCCGCCCUCUCUCCCCCCUCCUCCCUCUUUCCAUGCGUUGGAUGAUGAGAUCCGUAAGCUACUGGUGCUAGCAGGACUGACCCAGGCUGAGCUCCUCAAACUCAGCCCAGAGCUGGGGGUUUGUGUAGGGGGACUGGAGGAGGAGGGAGAGGGGGAGACCCACCACACCUCCAGACCUGGACAGACACAAGAUAGAGGGAUGAGGAGAAAAGAGGAGAAGGCUAAGGAGCAGUAUGAUAUAGAUGGGUUGGCUGUGGAUGGAUGGAGAGAUGGAGGAGGGAGGUCAGAGGUGGAGAGGGAUAGAGAGACUGAUAUAUUUGGAGGAGUAAAGGAGGAUGAGGGAGAGAAAGAGGAGAGCAGAGAUGUGUUUAGAACCACGUCUUUCACUGACAUGGCGAGAAGGAGGAAGAGAAACAGCGGGUUUGGGGCUAACGUUAGCCUAGCAUCUGACUCCUACUACAGCACUGGCAAUACCAACACCUCUAACAAUGUUAACUUCGAGACUUUCAAAUAUUCCCCUGUGCUCUCGGAAACCCCUCCCCCUCCUCCUCCGCGUCCCUUACCCCCUGUCCCCCCUACCCUGCCCCCCCUCAAAGUUUGCACCCUACUCGCCAACUCUUUACGCCCUGAGCGAUUUGAUUGGCUCAUGGCUUUCUCCCCCGAUGGUGAAACCCUGACCCUGCCCCCGCCCUUGGAAGUUAGAAAAUCCAAUGAGGAAACCCUGAAGAAAUCUACUUCCGGGUCAACGUCGUCAUCUGGGUCAACGUCAGGGUCGGGUUCAAAAGUGAUGACCUUCAAAGAACUGCGUAACCGUAGCAAACACAGCUCCCCGGCCUACCAACUAAUAACUGAACCGGAUCCUGAUCCCACAGUCAUAACCCCUGACCCUGACUUCCUCUACAACCUCAAGUGGAGGAGGGAAAAGACGGACAGUGACGGAAUCCAAUGGGAGUACACCUCCCAGGCCCAGGCCACCUUCCUGCAACCACCUCCCCUCACCUCAUUGGCUGCUUUUAGGGAAAUGUUCCAGAAAGCAGAGGAUGCGAUUGGACAACCCCAGUUAUGUCCCUCGCAGCGGAUUGGGUGCUCAGCCAGUGAAGGGAACCUGUGGAGGAUGGAUGGACAGAGAAAAGAGGAGGGAGAAAAGAGGAAAGAAGAGGUAGAGGAAGAAGAGGUGGAGGUGAGAGGAACAGCUGAUGGAGGAAGAACCUGGGAGUCAAGAACUACAGUGUCCUCACCCCCUCUCUCCCUGGCCCACUCCCAGCCCUCCUCCUAUUUCCUCCACCCUUACCGCCCAGGAUACUGUGGUGCUCAUACGAGACCAGUCCCCAGGACCCAACCUCACAGCCACACUGAAAUCCAGUCCACAGCCAUAGGCCCUAACCCCUACACUACCCAGUCCACGGCCCCUAACCCCUACACUACCCAGUCCACGACCCCUAACCCCUACACUACCCAGUCCAUGACCCCUAACCCCUACACUACCCAGUCCACGACCCCUAACCCCUACACUACCCAGUCCACGACCCCUAACCCCUACACUACCCAGUCCACGACCCCUAACCCCUACACUACCCAGCUAUCUAACCCCUUUGCUACACCAUACACUCACACAGAUUUAAAUGAAGACAGCCAUGGAACUUAUUCUGAGAAUGAUAUUGAUUCUGGAUAUAGUGACUAUUUUAAGAAGGAUGGAGGCCUAGACUCUGCACAUCGUUUUGGAAAGGACUUCAAGAGCAACAUUGAUAGUUUGUAUCGUUAUGUGAAUGAGUCCAAGACUAAAGAAAAGCUGGAGUAUGGCUUUGUCUCUGAAUCCAUCACUGACUUUGACUCCCUCUACUGCACCGCUAACGUCACUGAUAAACAGCCUCACACCGGCUCACACACACUCGUCAGCAAUGACACACACACUCAAGGCUGCACCACCCCAUAUAAAAACGUUGACGCGAUGAUGAUGGCAUAUGCCAAAACACACACUGUCGGUUCCCUUGGUCGCACUGACACACACACACACACCUCUCACCCUGGCCAGAGCAGAACCUCUAAAGAUCUCCCUCCCCUCCCUACCUGGUACCUCUACCACCCCAAAAACUGUCCCAUCCACAGGGGUGCCCCUCCCCGCCUCUCCCCCAUCGGGGCUCUCGACCCCCCCUAUCGCUCUGGAGCCCCCCCUCCGGGCCUGGACGCGUCCUGCCUCAGCUCACCCCUGUUCCCCCGCUCUCACACCCUCCCUGCCCUGGCCGCCCCCCUCUACUACCCCUUCCUCUACCCCCCUAUCCCCCCCAGGAAAACUUCAGACCCCCCAAAACUCAUCCAGGUUCCGCCGCUGCCGCCUGCACUGACGGUUCGUAGCGUCUCAUUUGCCAGCUCUGUACAGAGAGGUGGGACUUCCUGGAUGGGCGAUGACGUGAAGGCCCCUCUGAGAGGCCUAGGGCUGUCCUCUCUGUGCCUGCUGGAAAAAAGAGCUCUGGUCAGUGCAGUCAGUGUGGCAGUGGAGGCCAUUUUGGCUCAGUUCAGCUCCUCACGGACCUUGGUGCAGAAGUCUGCCUCCAUUAACAAGGCUCUAUCAGGAGACAGCAGUGUGAAUCCGUCUCUGGGCCGGCUGGUGCUGCAGUGUUUGUGCCCCGCCCUGCGGAGCCUGCUCUCCGACGGCCUCAAGCCCCACCAGAGUGAUUUGAUCUCGGGCAGGAGGCCAAACUCAGCCUGGGGACUGGUCCAGGCCUCCACCAGGCCAGGUAGGAACUCUGGAGCGCAGUACAGAGGGCCCAGCACUCAGUCCCUGUACAGCCUCCAGGCUAGAAUAGGAGAGCUGCCCCAGCUCCGGCAGAACAAACACAGGUUCAACGCCUUCCUCCUCGGCCUCCUCAACAUCAAGCUUAUGGAUUUCUGGCUGUCCCAUCUCCAGUCAUGCAGUGAUGUGUUGGUGACGUUCUACCAGCCCUCCUCCUUCAUGCGUCUGUCAUUGACUUCCUGCCAGCCUCUGUUUGAGGAGCUCCUCCUCCUGCUGCAGCCCCUCAGUCUCCUGACCCUUAACCUCGACCUGCUCUUCCAGCACCACCACCUGGAUCCAGCCAAUCACAGCCCAGAGAUCCCCAGCCCACCCAAUCAGGACCUGGGAUUCAGGCUCUCGCCCCGGGGGUCCGCUUCCCAAAGCAGGGGCAGCAGCUAUCUCGAGAGCCUAUCAGAGCUGGACUUAGGGAGAGCAGAACCCGAGGCGACCAAUCAUAAUGUGAGCUCGUCGUCCCUGGCCAACUCAGGGGUGGGAGGGUUGGUGGAGUCACUGAAGCCAGCGAAGGUCUCUGGGGGUCUUGCGGAGACAAGUCCUCAGCUGAUGUGGGUUCAGGAGAAAGAAAUUAGGGAGCUAGCACCUCCUAAUGUUGAGGAGGCCAGUCUCUCCCAACAGGCAGGACAGGUGAUCCAGCAGGGAUGGGGGGCUGUGGUACGCUGGGGGGGCAAGCUGGGCCAGAACCUGGCUGAACUCAGCCUGUCUGCAGUACAGAACCAGGAGGGGACAUCCAGAGAGCCCCAGACCAGUACCCAGGCCAGGAGUGACCCUCCUCAGGUCGAUGGAGCAUUGGCGGUCCCCUGGGGUUUGGGACGGCUGUUUGGAGCCUCCAAUAACUCCACGAUACCCACACUUCCAACCAGACGUCCGUCUCAGUGGUUGUCUCCAGGGGUGUCUGUUCUGACCCGGAUGGUGAGCAGCAGUUCCAGCGCUAACCAGAGGAGGGUGCUGGAGCCCCAGCAGGUAGAAGAGGUGUUAGAGAGAGAGAUGGAGACAUGGGACAACCCAAGACCCCUCAGGUCAGUCAGAACACUAUGCGACCACUCUGGCACAGGGGCGGAGCUAAGCUUCCAGAAAGGGGAGGAGUUAGUGGUUUUAGGGGGUGUCGAUCAUGACUGGAUUCGCUGUCGUCAGGGAGACCGAGAGGGGCUCGUACCCAUUGGCUACGCAUCACUUAUCCUGUGAUUUCAGACACCUGAUCAGAGUUUUGAUUGUUUGAAUAUAUCUGGGGGAGGGAAAAUGAAGUCAUAAAGCUAUAAUGUAUUUAGGCAACCAUAGAGAGGCUGUGGUGAAGUCCCCAAUGCUCUCAGAGAAAUAGUUCACCCCUGAAAGUUCAAAUCACAUGUUUAUAUCUCUAAAGUGGUCCAAAGUCGUAUAUCAGGGUUCCCCAACUGGCAGCCCAUGAUUUUAUAAGGGUUUGGGUUACUUGUUGGACAUAAAAUACUAACAUCAGUAAACGUUGAAAAUCUGUUCCAAGGUAUUCCCACACAUAGAGAGAGAUGUGAUUGUUUACAAAUCUAAGCAAGGUUUGAAAUUAUUAUAUUUUAGCCAAAUGUUAUAUCUGUUUGGGCUUCUUGCGGUCAAUUUGCAGUCUACAAAUUAUUUGUGAUUAUGUUCCAGCCCCCUGACCAUCCGUGGCUGAAUCUAGUUGACGAUCUCUGGUCUAAGUGAUUUAGUUCAGUCCUUACUCUGCACCAUCUGUGGUGUAGAUCCCACUAUAUGCACUGGUAGAAAUCUGCAAAACUCAAUCCCUAAAGAACUGUACCAUCUAAUGCCAUCUAAUUAGGGGGAUUUAAGGAAGAUUUAAUUUAGCUCACCAGAUGGUGUGGAAUAUGGACCCAGCACGACUUCAGACCACUUUUGAAGUGUGAAAACUUCAGACAAACACUUAUCUUGGUGUGGACUAUCCCUUUAAAUGUCCUCCAUUCAUCAUCUCUCUUUGGUGACCACUGAUCUGAGAAGGACUGGAUAAAGCUUUGUAGAAUUCUAUUCAUAGUUUGCACCUCCGUCACGUCAUGCCAAGCCGCCAUCGGCGGUGCCCUAAAAUGGUGAUAAGCCCCGUCGUUCUGAGUCUUAACUACUGUUUAGUAUAAAUUAAUAGCAAAAUUCUGCAAAAAUAGCUAGUAAAGCAAACGUAGGCUAGUUACAAUCAGGUGGCCUCCCCUCAAUUUAAGCUAGUUAGCUAAUGUUAUACUGCAUCUAAAGUCUAUCUGGUGACAUCAAAAUGAUGACGAAAGAUUUUCCUAAUAUUUAUUUGCCUGUUUUUGAAUGUCAUUGUAUUUCCAGGCCACUGUAAUGCACUUUCGAUGAAAUAUUCAUCAGCGCUUAAUGAUGAUGAUGCAUUGAGUAGAAUGCUCAGUCGGGCAUCUGUCCAAACGAACGUUAAAAACAAUAUUGUGACGAAACAUGCAACCAAUGCAUUCAGCUUAUCCAAACACUUUCAGAUCAGCAGUCACUAUGGGAAGAUUUAUAGCCUGGUAGCCAGGUCGGUUUCUGCUCUAGACCCAGACCUUUCCGCCAGGCUAACCGGUGAAGGGAGCCAUGGUAGAGUAUUGGAGCGUAGCCCCUGUUACGUAAUGUAGUACCAUAGUGAAAUGUAGCUGUUUUCUGUGUUCUAUUUGACCUUUCACCCCUAUUGAUCUCUCGCCUCUUUCGCUUAGUCUCUGUGUGUUUGACAUGUUCCCACUACAAUUAAUAGUCAGUUUAAAAAGGAUAACUAUUUGACUGUAUAAAUAUACAUACAUAAUAUAUAGGUAUAUGAAUAUAGAUUAAUUUAACCGAUAGAUAGAUAACCAAGAGAAAACAGAUAGUCAAACGUUACUAUAGAUAAGGUUGAUCAUGAAUCAAAUUGAUAAGUGAUCUGGCCUUUUAUCCCCAACUCACCAGUCACUACUCUAUAGUCAUUAUACACACGGACAGCUCCAGUGUUUUUGUCAAUUAUUGGAAUCCAGUGGCUUCAUCUUAGUGUGUGUUGUAUGCAUUGUCUUGACGUCAAAUCCUUCAUAUCUUCAUCAUAACCUGAUAGAUUUAGUCUCAUACCUUUAGACUGCAUUUAUUGUAUAAUGAAUGCUUUGAGUGAAUGGAGUGGGGUUGGGCUCAAUAUGGCAGUCAAUUCAGGAAGUAAACUGAAAUUGCAAUUCGAUGAUUGAAAUAGGGGCCUGUAUUUUUAAUGACUUCUUAAUGAAUUGAAAAGGAGAAGCUAUUUAUGUUUUUUAAGUAGCUGAUUUUAAAUUCAAAUCUCUUCCUGAAUUGGCGGCCUUUAAUUCGAAUUGAGCCCAACCCUUGAAUGCAGAAGAAUAUCUAUCUAUAUGACACAUAUCUAUCUAAAGGACAUUCUAGUAUCCAACAGUAUAUAAGUAUAACUGGCAUAGCAAUGCUGUAACUUCAAUCAGUCCACACCUCUUAAACCUCACUAACACAUACUACUCAGUGCUUAUGGAAAUAUCAAUGCUUUGAGACGGACAGAUAGACAGACAGAUAAACAGACAGGUAGACAGACAGAUAGACAGACAGAUAGACAGACAGAUGAACAGACAGACAGCUAGACAGACAGACAGAUAAACAGACAGACAGAUAAACAGAC